AUGGAGAAGUCGAAAAUUGGAUCAAUUUCAAAUCUGAAUUUCAAGCAAGGAUUGGCAGGCAUGAUGAUAUCAGUAAAGAUGAUAAAUUAUCAUUUCUUCGGGGAGUUCUCACAGGACCAGCAUAUGACAAAAUACAAAUGCUCUCAAUCACUGGUGAAAGUUAUGAAGAACAUUGGAAUCCAAGAGAAAGAAACCUCACAAGGACUAACUAAACUCGUAGAUGCAACCCGUCAACACCUAGCAGCUCUUAAAUUCUUAGAUAAGAAUUUAACAGAUGAAAUUAUGGUGAUUACACUCGAACGGAAGAUUCAUGAAAUUACAAAUGAUGAGUGGAAUAAUCAUAUUAAGAAAGGAACUUUCCCAAGUCUACAUGAAAUGUUAGAAUUUUUAUCUGACAGAGCUAUGAGAUUACUGAAUAGGAAAAAUGAAACAAUUCCACGCACCAACAACAAUUAUUUUCACGGCAACUACAAGAAGGUUCAACCUCAGAGAAGACCUUAUGGAGUCCCUAAUUACUCAGGGUUGUCUUUGAAUUUUAUUGCCUUUGAGAUUCCUGGGAAAAGUUUUUCUUCCGAGAUACGAUCCGCAGUUAUCGCGUCACUGAUCAGAUAUAAUUCCUACAUUAUUUCUAUCGGUAACAUAUUCGAUUGUUACAGUUACACCGCGUUCCGUAUCAAGACACUGUGCGAAUGUGAAAAAUUUAGAGGUCUAAUACCAACUCAACGUUUGAAGAUCAUCACCGAUGGAAAAAUGUGUAUUAAUUGUCUGCGAGACAAUCAUCAAGUUGACAAUUGCCAUUCACGAACCAAUUGCUGGGCCUGCAAGGAACGCCACAAUACACUACUUCACAAGGCAAUACAUCCACCUGUUUCUUACAACAAUCCAUCAACUGUAGGAAAAUGUGACAACUCGAAUCCUGCUAACAUCCCAAAUCAACAAAUAGUGAUUAGUGCAAAAUUAUAUGUGAUCGAUAACCACCAUCAACCAAUAGCAUGUCGAACAUUGCUGGAUACCUGUUCUUCAGCCAAUUUUAUCACAGAAAAAUUGGCAACUCAAUUGGGACUUCCGAAGAGACGAUGCAUUCUUCCCGUCGGGACACUCAACGACACAGCCACCUACACGAAACACAGCAUCUCUGCCCAAAUUCAAUCUAUCAGCGAUCCAGAAUUUUUCAAACCAGCCCCAAUCGACAUGAUAUUGGGUUCAGGUCCGACACUAUCAUUAUUUUGCAUUGGACAGCACAACUUGUCAUCUAAGGAUAACCAAGAUUUAUAUCUUCAAAAAACACGUCUGGGAUGGGUACUUGGAGGAGAUAUAAUAGAAAACAAAUCCACAUUUCAACCAUCAUGUCAUUCUCUUAAUUUGGAUCGUACCAUCACUCAAUUUUGGGAAAUUGAAGAGCUCCCCAAGCAUAAAUUUGUAUCUCGAGAAGAACAUGCAGCAGAAAAUCAUUUCGUCCAUAAUUGCACGAGACAUUCAUCCGGACGAUUAAUUGUUGCAUUACCUUUCAAUGCCAAAGGAGAAAUGUUGGGAGAAUCCAGAAAUAGAGCAUUACAACGAUUUUAUUCCCUAGAGAGAAAAUUAGAUCGAGAUCCUCAAUUGAAAUUUCAAUAUUCAUCAGUUAUACAGGAAUAUUUGGAUUUAAAACACAUGUCUGAAACUUCUGAUGUUGAUGAGCCAGGUUUUUAUUUGCCACAUCACGCCGUUAUUAAAGAAAGCAGUUUAACAACCAAAGUUAGGGUAGUGUUUGAUGGUUCAACCAAAUCAUCAUCAAGCAUUUCUCUUAACGAAUCAUUGUUGAUUGGACCCACUAUUCAAGAUAGCUUAUUCACAUUAAUAUUACGAUUAAGACAAUAUAAUUACGUUUUAACUGGAGAUAUUGAGAAAAUGUAUCGGCAGUUUUUGAUACGAGAAGAAGAUCGCAAUUAUCAGAGAAUAUUAUGGCGUAAUAAUAAUGGUGAAAUAAUAACUUAUCAAUUGAACACUGUCACAUUCGGUUUAUCAUGUGCACCAUUUUUAGCUAUUAGAGCGUUACAACAGUUAGCAACUGAAGAAACCAAGGACUUUCCCACGGCAGCACGAAUUCUUAAAAAUGAUUUAUAUGUUGACGAUUUGUUGACUGGAUUUAACAAUAUUGAAGAAGCUAUAAGUGCACGGCAAGAAAUUACUGCAUUGCUCACCCGAGGGGGUUUAAAUUUGCGUCAAUGGGCCUCCAACGACUUCAGAUUGUUAAAAGGUCUCCCGGCUGAACACAUCAAUAAAAAAUUGCAACUAGAUAGUGAUAAGACAUUAAAAACUCUUGGGAUAUCAUGGAAUUCAGAGAAUGACUGUAUCACCUAUAAGGCGAGAUCUAUCAUAUCAGGAAAUUCAAUCACCAAACGAAAGAUUUUUUCCGAAAUUGCAUCAAUUUUUGAUCCCCUUGGACUUUUGGGUCCAAUUAUUCUUAAAGCAAAAUGUGUGAUGCAGAAAUUAUGGGAGACAAAGGUGCAUUGGAAUGUAUCGAUACCAAGCCACCUUCACACUGAUUGGAAUGAAUUUUGUAAACAAUUGCCGGCCAUUGACAAUUUGCAUUUCACCCGUCAUGCAAUAUCAACCAAUUUCACAACCAUUCAAAUCCACGGUUUCGCGGAUGCCAGUAAUACUGGCUACGAAGCCUGUAUUUAUCUUAGAUCAACCAAUCCAGCCAACCAAGUUCAAAUCACUCUACUCUGCUCCAAGUCUAGAGUUUCACCCAUGAAAUAUUUUUCCACUGCCAGACUCGAGUUAUGUGCAGCCCAUGUCCUUUCCGAAUUAUACAAAACUGUCCAGGAAGCCCUCACUGUACCUAUAUCCGAAACUAUCCUUUGGAGUGAUUCGAUAAUUACAUUACAUUGGAUCAAGAGCGAGACACACAAAUUAAAAACGUUUGUAGCCAAUCGAGUGAAUGAUAUCCAAGAUAACACAAAACAUUGUCAAUGGCGGUAUGUUUCAACCAACGACAAUCCUGCAGAUCCGUUAUCAAGGGGUCAAUAUCCAAUUGAAUUUAUCCAGAACACCCUAUGGCACCACGGCCCAAGCUGGUUAACCAAUCAAGAAAGCCAAUGGCCAAAAAACCAUGUCGAAUUUUCUGACAAAGACCCUGCAGCCAAAAUCAUGUGCUUGAAGCUCACAAUAAAUAAUCCAAUCGAAUACAAUAAUUUCACAUCCUUUAACACUUUGAUUCGCUCGCUAGCCUUCUGUUUCAGAUUUAAACCCAGCAACAAGGCUUUACAUGUCAAUAAAGUAUUGUUAACUCUACCCGAACUCGAGUUUGCCCAUCACUGGAUUAUCAAGGAAAUACAAGGAAGAGCCUUCCUAGAUGAUCUUCCUCCACUGAAAGAUGCAGAUGAAUCCAAGGACGCAGUCAGGGACCCAUUACAAUCUCCAAGGUUUCAAUCGAAGAAGUUGCGCCAUCUCACUCCAGUCAUCGAUAAAGAAGGAAUAAUUAGAAUGGAAGAACGAACGAGUAACAGAUCUUAUCAUCGAACAGUGAGGAAAAUAAUUCGCAAGUGCGUGACGUGUUGCCGUGCAAAUCCAUUGAUUCCUAAAUACACUAUGGGAGAUUUGCCAGAGAAUAGGGUUACAGGAUUCACUCGACCAUUCAUCAACGUGAAGGCGUAUGUAGCAGUGUUCACCUGCAUGGCUACCAAGGCAGUACAUCUUGAACUUGUCAGCGAUAUGACCACAGCAGGAUUCCUUGGGGGUUUGAAAUGUUUUGUUGGUCGAAGGGGAAAACCAAUUAGCAUCCAUUCCGAUAAUGGCACAAAUUUUGUCGGAGCUAAUAAUGAACUGAAGGAAAUAAUUGGUCAUCUUCAGUCUGCUGAGAACAAUACGAAGACCCACAAUGCUUUAAUUAAUCAAGGUAUUGACUGGAAAUUCAUUCCUCCAUUGUCUCCUCAUUUUGGGGGAAUCUGGGAAGCAGCAGUGAAAUGUUGUAAACACCAUCUCGUUCGAGUCAUUGGAUCUGAAGUAUUUACAUUUGAAGAAAUGACCACGCUCAUCAUUGAUAUUGAAGCUAUACUCAACUCUAGACCACUCGCAGCCAUGUCUUCUGAUCCAACCGAUAUCUUGGUCCUAACACCUGGUCAUUUCUUAAUUGGAGACGCACUAACGAAUGUACCUGAGAAAGAUUUCACCUCCAUUCCUAAUAAUCGUAUGUCUAACUGGGAACAUAUCCAGAAGGUUCGUCGAGAUUUUUGGGUUCGGUGGUAUAAGGAGUAUUUAAAUGAAUUAAACAUCAGACGAAAAUGGAAUACUGGGAAUCAAGAUAUUCAAUUGGGAUCUAUCGUCAUCUUGAAAGAGGAUAACCUACCCCCGAUGCAGUGGAGGCUGGGCCGCAUGGUGGAGCUUCAUCCAGGAAAGGACAAUAUUGUCAGAGUUGCCUCUAUCAAAACCAGUAAUGGAAUUUUGCAAAGGAAUUUAACGAAAAUUGCUCCACUCCCGGUCUCGUUAAACAAUGUCGGUGAGAAAUGA